AUGUUGACAAGUCUUUAUGAUUCGUUUCCACAAAACUCUGAAUGUGUGAAUCAUGCGCCAGAACUUAAAACGCAAACCAAAGGCAAAAAGAUGUUGGUGAUAAAAAAUAUGAAAGACUUUACUUCAGACGAGGAUAAACAUUUCGAAGAAACUAGGUGGACAAUAAACACGGCAAUAUUGUUAAUACUGGACGGUAAAGUUAUUAAUCACAACUUGGAAAAUCUUUAUUGCAUGGUGAACAACAUUCACAGUCCCCUCCAUAAAAUCCAACUCUACGAUCAUCUGCGAUUAUCUCUCGAAAUCUGCCUAACAAAUAUACUAUAUUCCCUAACACACGUUCCUCUUCUACUCCCAGACCUUGAUGAUACCUGGCGUUCGUUCUGCAAAAAUAGUAACACAGUGCGCAACAUAUUCUUGAGCAUCGACACGAAAACUAAACAGCAAACGGUCAAACAAAUAUGCAUGGACUUGUUCAAAACCCGCAUCGUUCUGAUUCCUAACAUAAAAACUAAAUUUAUUACGGAAGUUUUAUUUAUAAUAGAUAUGGAACGUAGGACGCAGCUGUUUAAACAGCAGAAGGCAACUAUUAAAUCAGUGGUUAAGAUGCUCGUCGAACUGGAAAUCUAUCAGACGUACUUUGAAGUGGAAUAUUUGUCCAACGCCAAAGCUUUUUACAUCGAGGAAGGGUCUAAGAAGAUAAAAGAGUUAAAUUUGGUGGACUACAUGUUACUUGUAAGUAUGAGAAUGGGCGAAGAAAUUGACAAGGUGAAAACCUAUUUGACUGAAAGUACAGUAUCCCAGUCCCUUCGUCUGAUUUGCCAGUACAUGAUUGAGGAACAUAUGUCGGAAAUUUUCGAUAAGGGUUUCAAAACUCUAAUUGAUACGAAAAUGUUAGAUCCAUUGAAACUUAUGUAUUUCCUUAUGAAUAAGGUUCCGAAAGGUCGUGAAAACUUACAGAAACAAUUCAGCGACUACAUUCUAAAUGAGGGCACGAUUAUUGUUAGCGAUCCUAAAAAGUUUACUAUAGAAAUACUGUUAAAUUUCAGAGAGAAAUUGGACAAAAUAGUUACGGUUUCAUUCGCAAAUGACCAGGAUUGUCGCAACGCAAUAAGAAUGGCGUUCGACAAAUUUAUUAACUUGUACAGUAACAAAACAGCUAUGUUGCUGGCAAAGUUUAUGGAUCAAAAACUAAAAGAUAAAAAUUUGUCGGAAUCGGAUUUGGAAGUAUUGUUCGACAAAGCAAUUUUACUGUUUAGAUUCAUUCACAGCAAGGAUAUUUUCGAAGCUUUUUAUAAAAGACAUCUAGCCAACCGACUGCUGAAUCGUCAGUCAACUAGCAAAGAUGCUGAAGGCAGCUUCAUCAAUCGACUGAAGAUUGAGUGCGGUACGCAUUUCAUCGUAAAAAUUGAGGGCAUGUUUAAAGACAUAUACGUAAAUUUAGACCUCAACGCAGCCUUUCAGGAUUAUUUAAAAAUUCAUCCCACCGAAAAUACAAACGCAGAUGUUUCAUUCCAGGUUUUGACACACAGUACGUGGCCUACAUUUAAAAAUUACUCAGUGAAUUUACCUCAAGACUUACUCAACUACCAAGCAUUAUUUCAGAAGUUCUACUUUUCAACUUAUAACGGCAGGAAAUUAACUUGGCAUUCGAAUUUGGGCCAUUCUGUUAUGAAGGCUUCUUUCGAAAACGGCAACAAAGAACUGCAAGCCCCUCUUUUCCAUACAGUUGUUCUCUUACUGUUCAACUCAUUCCAACAAAUCACAUUGACUGAAAUCAUAGACAUUCUCAAUUUAGACGAAAGAGAAAUUAAGAAGACGCUUCAUUCCUUAACUCGUGGAAAAAUAAGACUGUUGAAUAAAAAGCCGAUGGAAACUGAUAUAAAGGACGACGAUAAGUUCGAAAUAAAUGAACAAUUUAAAAAUAAACUGUUCAGAGUGAAAAUCAUCCCCCCGCCACUCAAGGAAUCGCCUGAGGAUGAAAAAGCUGUAGAAACCAGCGUGAUGAUGGAUCGACAACUUCAAAUUGACGCUGCUAUAGUAAGGAUUAUGAAAAAGAACAUUACAAUAAAUCACAAUGAUUUGCUUUCCGAACUGUUUGAGGCUCUAGGAGUUCCUGUUAAGGCAGUUGAAAUGAAGAAGAGGGUUGAACUGUUAAUUGAAAGGGAUUAUAUGCAGAGGGAUCAAGAUAAUCCUGAGAAAUAUAUUUAUGUAGCUUAGAAGUACGUUUAUUUAAUUAUUUUUGUUUUAUUAAUUUAAUAAACUUUAUUAUUUAUUUAA